UUUGUUCACGAACUACCUUCGGAUCGCAACGACGACGCUCUCCUUUCUACUAACUCUCCGGCUUCGUCUCAUUGCCUACUGAGAGAAGAAUUGCGGGGACCACGUCCGAGGCGGAAAUAGGUUGACCCAUGUCCGCAGGCGCUUCCUUAGGUGUGAUGCUCGUGGACUUCUUUUGGCUAUUGCGAGAUGAGAUUACAAUCAACCUUGCAGUAACAUCCGUCGUUGCCGCCCCUACUCACUGGUCUACGUUAUCGAAAGAUACUUGGGUUUGGCAGGACAGGGGUAAGUAUUUGAACUGUGGAGAUGCGCACUCUUUCUGUCCAUCUGGCUCACUUCAUUUUAAGUUUCAACGUCUAUGUCAGCCUGCGAAUCGCCUCUGUCUUGUCUACACCGCCUUCAUACUGCAAGGCAUGGUUCGUGUACCAAGCCAUCACCGUCCAAAUUCUUCUGUUAUCCAUCGAAUGUGCAUUAAUUCAUCGAAUUUACGCUUUAUUUCAAAGAAACUGCUCCAUAUUAUCCGUUUUGGCCAUAUUUUGCUCUCUUCAGUUAUUGUCCCUGGGCGCCAGUGCAUGGCUAGCCAUACCGAACACGAAACAUUCGGAAACAUGUUAUGUCCUCAAACCCAACAUCGACACCAUUUAUUUUGCGACAACAACCAUGGCAACUCAUCUAGUUAUGUUCUUCAUGAUAUUUUGGAGAGGUCUCGAAUUGCCAUUGGAGUGGACGCGCGAUACUUUUGGCCGUGUCGUGUUGCGUGAUUCCGCACUUUCCCCCUUGAUCAUAUCAGCUUUGACGGGCAUCAUGGUACUCUGCAAUACUGGUGUCAUCCAAACAUCUCUGAAUGGCAACGUCUUCUACUGUUGGCUAUAUUGCACAAUGUGGAUAUCGUUGAGCAGGAUUAUUGUCAAUCAUUCCAAGGUUGAGCUAUUGAAGGAUUCGAGUAACGAUGUGACCACUCAUAUCGAUGUUGGGGAAACCUCUUCGUCGAUAUCUGAUUUGAGCACCUGCCGGCACUCCGCUGUCGAUCUCUCUGGGAUAUCUACAAGUCAUGUCCGGGUCGCGUUGGGCGUUUCGAGGGCACGCGAUCCUAGCACUUGCGAUUCGCUGGAAAGCAAUGGAGCAUUGUCGUGCGUGGUGGCGGCCAAGGUCAGGGAGGAAUCACCGCCCUCGGGCAGCAGCGAUGGCAGGGACAUAAUUGCUUCUCCGGUUUCUGAUGGUGAUCACUGGUCAAGCAGUUGCUAAUUGAGCAGAAUAUUCUGGGAAACAAAGUUGAGACCUUGGGAUGAAAGGAGUCGCUCAGUUUUUACGUACUGCAUGUUGGGCCCCUCAGCCCAUUUUAAACCAGGGACUGUUACUGUAAAUACAAUUAGUGCCAGUG